AUGGCUCCGGGUAAAGUUUCGUAUCCUUCAGUAUUCGUGGUGGACAGCAAAAUGAGGCCACCUCCGUUGCCCCCCAAGCCAGGCCGUAGACAGCGGAAGGAGGUGAUCCAGACUCUACUGGUGAUCCUGGUUUGUGUGGCUCUGUGUGGCAUGGCCGUGGAGGCCUGUUUCAUCUACCAUCUGUUCACAUCCAAAGAAAACCCUACACCUCCAGAUGAACCACAGACUGCCAUGAGAAAACAAGAGAAAGAACAUGCUGUAACCCCCAAACAAAAACCGCUUGGAGAAAUGAAGCCAUCAAAACCAAUGGCACAACUGACAACUGGUAAGGAACCUGUUAAUGGAGUCGUGCUGUGGCAUGAGAAUCAUCAAUCCAUUCUUCACCAUAUCAAACACAAAGCAGAUGAGGGCAAACUCAUCAUAGAGAAAGAGGGAUAUUAUUCUGUCUACUCGAAGAUCAACUUCAAGGAGGACAACAUCAUAUUCAGCCACUCUGUACUCUGGGUUACACAUCGAUAUGCAGGAAACGAGAUUCUGCUUCUCCAGUCCUCUAGGUUACAUCCUAAACUCCUGAGGUCGAGAGCCACAGACAACAGCUACCUAAGCGGUGUGUUUCAUCUGUACAAAGGUGAUGCUGUCUUUGUCAGAGUAAAAAAUUGUACACUUGUGUUGUCGAAUGCUGCUGAGAACUACUUUGGUGUGUUUAUGGUUUAG